AACGUUGCCAGACGUUAAAAAGAACACCAAAAACAACGCGUUCUGCAAAAAUUGCAAUAAACAAUAACAAUGCUCUUCUACUCGUUUUUCAAGUCGCUGGUGGGCAAAGAAGUUGUCGUGGAACUGAAGAACGACCUCAGCAUAUGUGGCACUCUGCAUUCCGUGGACCAGUAUCUGAACAUCAAGCUGACGGACAUCAGUGUUACGGAUCCAGAUAAAUACCCCCAUAUGCUGAGCGUCAAGAACUGUUUUAUCCGGGGCUCCGUGGUGCGCUACGUGCAACUUCCUGGCGACGAGGUGGACACCCAGCUACUCCAGGAUGCGGCACGAAAAGAGGCUGUUGUGAGCACGAGAUAGGAUGCCCGGGAUCUGCAUGACCUGCCCAGGAUAGUUCCCUAAUAUCUGCCCUACAACUAAGUGAAAUUAUGUUAAAGCAAAACCAAUAAGAGGAAUCCCCGUAAGAA